UCUCACUUUGGCAACAAUCGACUGUCCUCCUCUUUCUUCAUAUCCGUCUUUGUAGGAAAAGAGAUGAACAUCGACGUUGAUCAGCCUUUCCCUGACAAAGCAGACUCUCUGCUCUCCGCCACUUCUAUACCCAUUCACCCGCUUCUCACUCCGCCUUUAGACAAUCUACAAGAUACCACAUUCCCCCUUAUUAGAUCAGACGAUGGCUCCGUCAUCAAAACUACUGUCAGUGCUGCUGCUAAUGCCACUACAACCUCAGCGUCAACACAUUUAUUCCCUGUUAAGGUCGCUCUUUUACCUAACAAAGGUCGCUCCUAUAUUGCCACUCGGAAAAUCCUUCCAAAUGAACUCGUUUUUGUUGCAGAGGCAUAUGGCACCACUAUGUGUGAUCCCUGGCUAGAUUGUGGGGUCUGUCACUACUGCUGGACGUCUAUUCGUCAUAACAAGGCGCAGAUCCGGUUGUCCAGCAGCGGAACCAGCAGUAGAGUCGCAAAAAAACAUGGCGCUGUGAUGGUGUUUUGUGACGAAACAUGCUUACAGUUAUAUGGGCCAGAAACGGCUAGAAUGAUAUGUCGAGUAGAGCAAAAAGUUCGUAGGACAUGGAGUGAUACGAUUGCAAGGCACUGGAAGCUGGUGUGGAAACCCAUACAGCCACUACAGCAACAACAAGAGAAGGAAGGGGCUGCUACUGUUACUUCUAGUACAACGACAGUGCCAAUAUUAGCUACGCCUACAAUGCUAUUGCAUUAUCCAGGCUUGAUCCAACAGGCGCUUUUGUUGGCAAAUACCAGAACUGCUGUUUUAAAUCUAAAGGAUCAAGAUUUGAAAUGCUUCUUAGAUUGUAUCUGGAACGCUUUGGAUAGUCUUAUUGAUGAACAGGAGUCCAUUAUCAGUACUAGUGGGCAAGACAAAGGCGGGCGCAAGGGUAAAAAACUACUGGCUCGGUCUCCAACGCAAAUUGAAGCACUAUUUCCUAAGCUUGCUGCUUGUCUUUUAGGAGGGAACAAUCCAACACUUACAAUUGCUUCAAAGACCUCGGAUGAUGACUGCGAGAUCAUUCGAUUAAUUGCGGAUGUGCUUUUUCGACGGCAGCAAGAUAUGAGAGUACAACAAAAAUUGACUGUAGCUAUUAGCUCGGAGCAGCAGCAGCAACAACCAGCAAGCAUUCCUGGAGAGCCAGCAACAUUUGUAGACUAUUGUGCGAUGCAAUCAAACGAACUUGUUCUGUUGCGCCAACAGCUUAGCCUCAACGUGAGUGAGCACAGUAAUAUUGACGACGAAGACGGUAACCAACAACUCGUAGAUUCAGAGGCGUCUGAACAACCGACAAAACUUAAAUAUAGCCAUAACAACCAUAUGGCCUCAUGGCAUCAUUUAAUGUCAAUUCUGCCCACACAUCUUCUGAACUGUUUUUACAUCUAUAUGCGUCUCCGCGACGCUUUCCUACUUCUCAAACUCGAAGAUCAAAAGAAUCAACCAUAUGCAGAUAAUGAGAGUGAAGAUGGCAAUAGCAAUUCUAACGACAAUGACAGCGACGAGAAUUAUGACAAUCCCGAAAGCAACAAGUUCACAAUUAACAGCAUGCUCUUUCGCACUAUCCUAUUUGCAGAGGUCGCCAACUCUUUUGGUAUCCGUAAUUUAUCAGAUGAACUGCAAGGUUUCGCUGUGUUCCCUAAGGCCUGCUUCUUUAACCACUCGUGUCGACCCAACAUCGAGAAGAAGAGACGUCAGGGCAAUCGCGCAAGACAGAUGGAAUACUGGAGCACUUGCGUGAUUGAGGAAGGAGAGGAGUGCUGUAUCAGCUAUGGCGAUAUCUCGGAAGGGAGACAGGAACGUCAGGCUCGAUUAGAAAGCAUGUACUUCUUUAAGUGCUCAUGCUCUAGAUGUGUGGAAGAGACAGAGGCAUAAAAGUAUCUCCUCUAAUUUUAAAU